AGAUUUGAACCUUUGAUGCCCUUUCUGAUGUCUUUCCCCGCGGGGCAACAAAUACAUCCUUAACAAAACAUAAACGGUGUGUCAGCGCAAAAAAUAAUGCGAUCCACCAACUAAGGAGAGCCGUAGCGACAAUUUCAAUUUUCCUGCGCCGCAGCCGGUGACACAAUUUCUCGGCGAAGUGUUUUCCUGGGAAGAAAAUCUUAGAGAGAUAAUGGCAGGGCACGACGAAUACGUGGGAGCGGACAAUGCGGAGGCCAUAAUCACUAGAAUCGAGCACAAGUCUCGAAAGAUCGAAAGCUUACUCAAACAGUCCAAACCAGUCGAAGCUCUUAAAACUGCUCUUGAGGGCGCGCCGCCCAACACCCGAGACGAACGAUGCAAUUCAGCAAAUUGGAUAGUGGUACACAGAGCAAUAAUGGCUAUAAAGGAUGUGGACGGGAUGUUCUCUUCCUUGGACCCUGAGUACUACGAUAUUCUUAUGAAGUACUUGUAUAGAGGCUUGUCGACCGGAGAUCGGCCCACAUGUGAUCAGUGCCUACGGAUUCAUGAAAAAUUGACAGAGAGAGCUGGCCUCGGAUGCAUACUGCGUUCCCUUGCAGAUACUGUGAAUACCGUUUGAUGCCUGUCGAAUAUAUAUAUAUAUCCUUGCAUCCUCCCUCCCAUGCAUUUCAAAACAAGCUAUGACCUCAAAAUGUUGAUUAUUACAAUUGAAGGAUUUUCAUGAAGAGUUCAUCCUUGUAGAAGCCUUUGGACGUAAUGUUUGGUACAAGAAUUCAACGAAUGAAAAUAGAAUCGACCACUUUACUUUUA